AUGGGAAGAUGUGAAUAUGUUCUUGCUAAAGACAGUGUAAAUAACACAUUUGAAGUAAGACAAGUGAAUGAACCAUGUGGAAAUGGAAAAUUUUCAUGCACAAAAUCACUGACAGUGAUUUUCCCAAAUGUAACUAUCCAACUACUGCGGGGAAGUGUGGUGGUAAAUGACUCAGAAGUUUAUUUGCCUGUAUCGUAUGAAGGUAAAUUUCUUUGAUUAAACUUCAUAACAUAUAUAUGCUUUAAGAUUUGACAUUUCAGUUAUAAAUUUCGAGCUAAGUAUAUCUAGCCAAUUCAACGGCAUAUCCUUUAGUUUCUAAGAGCUUUUAUUUUAAAAAAGGAAUUUAAUUAUAGUGUGUGUUUGGAAUGGCUUCACCUUAUAUGCAUGCAACAAGAUAAUAUCUUAUCAAAGUUGUGUCCCUUAUUCCUGUUAAUCCUCAUGAUUGCGAUAAAGAUUUGCUUGAAAAGUUAAAUUUUUUGAAAUAAGCAUUGAAAAAACAGUGGCCAUGCAGUGCUACAUGUUUUGAUUGAAAUGUUCAGCAUAUUUUCAGCAACUUUUCCAAAAGUAUACGUUCAAUUAUAAGUACUACAAAUUUUAAAAAUACAUUAAACAUCAGUUUAAGCAUGAUUUCUGGGCUUAAUGUGUCCAAAAGCAUUUUUCAAGCAUGUUCGGUUCUUAUUGUAAAACGAUCGGAACAUACAAAAAAUUAAUCAGUAUACAGUACCUUCUUUAUCUCCUUGUUAAGUAGAAAAGCAUCUAUUGUAUUAAAACUAAAAGCUUCUUAUCCAGUUUUUAUCACCUCGUUUUAGCAGUUUGUCAGCCAUGCUUGGACUAUUAGUAACAAAAGCAGCUGAUCUCAAAUGUACUUGGCAAUUAGCCAUUUCCCAAACUCCUGGGUCUAGUAGCGCGAAUCCCAUGUUGGAGGGACAAGAAAUAUGGCAGCACACAUUUUAAUUAAAUAUUUAAUGUAAUAUAAGGUUAUAACCAUGAACCGUUAAAAAAAAAUAAACACGUUAUUUAUCAUUUACAGUAUGCCUGAACUAAAAAACAAUUUCCGCUUAGACUAAGAAGCGUCCCUCGGCGUUUGGCCUCGGACUGCUACUGAGACCUCGGGAAAAUAUUUUUUGCUAUUAAAUAGUUGGGUAAUUUGACAUAGAAUAGUAUCAAGACAAUACCAACAACUUCCUUUUGCGUACUGCUGUAAAAUGAUUAAAUUUCCUUCUGAAAGUAAAUCUUAUUUCCCUUCUGUCUUUCCAGGUGUCACUAUUGCCAAUAUUACGCGCUCCGGCGUUGGACUAAUAUCGGUUGAUAGUGCUUAUGGUGUAAAAGUUGAAUGGAAUAAUGUACAUAAUGUGAGAGUGACAGUGUAUGGUCGCUAUAUCAACAAAACAUCAGGUUUAUGUGGAACGUUUAAUCGAAAUCCUGCGGACGAUUUCUUGACAGCAAAUGGCGCAACUGUAGACAAUGUAGUAAACUUUGGAAAUUCAUGGAAAACUGAUUCUUGCUGUGACGAUGCAACAGAUGUGCCACAUCCAUGUUGGACGUCCCCUGACCGAAACGCGACUGCUACAGCCAACUGUUCAGCUUUGUUAACUUCUCCAUUCAAUGUUUGUGCAAGCCAUGUUGAUCCAGUCUCAGGGGGUUAUAUUCAGGACUGUGAAUAUGAUGUAUGUGGCUGUGGCGAUGACCCUACAGUUUGUCUAUGUCAAGCAAUAGAGGCCUAUGUCGCUGAUUGUGCUUCGUAUGGUGUAAACAUUGACUGGUUGAGUGGUAAUCGAUAUCGACAAUGCAGUACGUCACAGCUGCAUGAGUAACUUUGUAAAUUCUACUAAAUGAUAUUAUACUAGGGAUAAAAUAAUGAUAAGAUGGUUCAUAUUGUUUGGAAAAGUAACAGUUACACCCUGAGUAAAACCAUUCACACACAGGAAAGAACCAACUACACAUGCAUGUGUAUAAAAAAAAUGCACAGUUCGAGAAUGUUCACUAAAUUGCAAUUUGCAAGUUCUGCAAAAUGUUUGAAAACUUCAAUCUUGGCCAAAAGUUGGUAGAACGACAAAACAAAUUCGCAACUUUUAUAAAAAUAUAAAAAUUAUAUAUAUAAAAAUUAUAUAUAUAAUUAUAUAUAAAAAUUUGCACAGAAAUUAUUCACUAAAGUGCAAAUUCUGCAAAAUUUAUGCAAACUUUAUGCAAGCAUGGGUAGUUUAGUGCAGCAGGGUUUUCAAAAAUCACUUUAAAAAUGGCUUGCGCACGAAUAUUGAAGGCUUAAAACGCAAUUUGAAUUCAUAUAGGGUGCAAAUUUAGGAGUUGUUUUAUGAACUAUUGAAAUAUUAGGCAAGUUGAUGUAGAUUAAGCCCAACGCACGACCUCUAAAACUUCGAUAAUUUUAAAAUUUUUGUAAAGAGUAUGUAAGAAAUCAAUCAUGCAUAAAAUCAGUUAUGCGUGCGAUGAAUUAUGCGCAAAAAGGCUACUAUAGGAGAAAAUAUUAACGCAUGCUCUUGAAAAUUUACUCUUCAAAUAAUUUGCCCAAACAUUUCAGAGUCCCCUCAAGUUAACAUGAAUUUUAACGAUUUUAAUUAUCUUCUAAUUUAGGUUCUCCAUGUGCCAGUGCUCCAUGCUGCAAUGGUGGGACUUGUUCAAAUAAUGGAUCAUCAUUCUUUUGCUCAUGCCCUGUUGGAUAUACUGGUGACCGCUGCGAAACGGAGGGUAAAUAUUUUCGAGAAAGUACUACAUGUAAUUUUUCUCCUUCCCAUUUCUAUCCCAGAUAGGAUUUUUUGGAAUUGUAGUUUGUGUCAUCACUAACAGUGCAAGGACUUGUUAAUUUUCAAAUAUACACGAGAAUUCCGUGAUAUAGUGCUUGAGAAAUUAGCAAUGCUCAUGCAGCAAUAAUCUAGAAAAUAGAUUCGCGAUUGAGUCUCCAGAUAGGUGCGGGUGGUUUUUGCGGGAAACACAGUAAUUUUAAAAAAUACAAAAUCACCGUAAUCAUCGAACAUCCUAAACAUUUUCAAAAUUGUUUAUCUCUACGCUUCGACUGGAGUCACCACCAGGAAUUCCGUAAUUAUAUUACAGAACACGAGAAAUUAAUAUGAGAGUGUCUAAGUCAGUUACAUAGUGAAAUCUUAUCAGCUCUUUAGAGGCUUCUCAUUCCAUGGUUAAGAUGAGGUUUAGUCUACGUAUUGCAAUGGAUUGUCUCAAUAGAAGUAGUGACGAGGGGUCAGCUCUUAUCAAUUAUUUCACCGAAUUAUUAAAAAUAAGCUCAGAUAAUAAAAAGAUAUUGGAUGAGGUUUUUUGUGAUAUUCAAAACCGAUUUAAGACGAGUUUAAUUAUACUUAUACCAAGAACUUGAAAUUACAGGAUAUUACAAAAACAGAAUUCAAUAUAACUGUUUUAUUAUACAUUGCAUUUUCACUUUUUAAUAAGUCUUUCGACAAACAGUGAUAUAUUUGUCACACAAAAUUAAACAACGUUUGGUUCUCAAAUUAAAAAAGCGAAUAAAAAUGGAAGAAAUCUCAUUUACCUACCAAAGCUUCAAUAAAAUGUCAAAAAAGUCUCCUUUUUGUUCGAAAAACAUUGAAAAAACACCAUUCGUUCAUGUUGUUUUUUCUUGUUUUAAUUCGUGUAUUUAAAAGUGGAAUGAUAAUCCAAGUGAGAAUAAAUUUACACUAUUUAAGGCAUACUGUAAUCAGGAAAGGUUGUGAAAAAUGCAACAGUAUAUAGUAGAGGUGUGCAAAUACGAUCCGAAAUCGAUCCGAAUCGGAUUCGUUCGGAUUUCGGAACCAACAUAUUCAUUUCGGAUCGGAUCGGAUUGAUAAAGUUGUUUCGUAGUCGGAUCCGAUGGGACUUCGAUAUCCAAAAUAAAAUGAAUUAAUUAUCCACGCAUUAUCGCAAGAAUUAAUUAUCCAUGCAUUUAUGAAAGCAUUAUCGCGAUUGUCGCUGCAUUAUUUGUUUGAUACUUCAAUUGGACGCCACUUUGUCAGCUUCUUGACAUAUAUUUCUUGCUUUUAUAUUUAUUUGGAUAAAUUUUUCAACUUGAAUAAGAAAUAUAUUUUAUUAAAGAAUUCUUCGGAUCGGAUCGGAUUGGAUUCUUUAUCAAAACUCGGAUCGGGUCGGAUUCGGAUUAGACAAUUUCGGAUCGGAUUUUAAACAUUAGCCAAUUGUCGGAUUAUAAACGUCCAAUCCAAUCCGAUGCAAACCUCUAGUAUAUAGGUCCUCUAGUAGGAAUCGAAUCUACGCCGCUGCGAUUCCGGUGCAGCGCUCUAACCAACUGAAUUACAGAUUCCAGUUUUCAGGCCGCAACCGUAUGUCCAUGUACAUGUACUGUAGAUUUUUUAUAUAAAAUCUAUCGUAACGUAUCAAAUUGGUGCUCCUAACUUGCAAAAUAGAGCUGGGAAGGAUCGACUUUGAACUAUUGAAUAUUUCAUUACUCACUUCUUUUUUACAAAAUCAAACAGUUAAAGCGACAUGUCAAGCAAGAGGUGAUCCACACUACUCGACAUUUGAUGGAAGACUUUAUGAUUUUAUGGGAAGAUGUGAAUAUGUUCUGGCGAAAGACAGUGUAAAUAACAAAUUUGAAAUAAGACAAGUGAAUGAACCUUGUGGAAAUGGAGAAUUUUCCUGCACAAAAUCACUGACAGUAAUUUUCCCAAAUGUAACUAUCCAACUACUGCGGGGAAGUGUGGUGGUAAAUGAUUCGAAAAUUGAUUUGCCUCUAUCUUAUGAAUGUAAGUUCUUUUAAUAACUUUGAUACCGGAUAUAUGGUUUAAUUUUUGACGUUCCGGUUAUACAUUUUAAAUUUAUAGUAGAAUAUAUCCAGCCAGUUCAACGGCACAUCCCUUCAUUUGUGAGAGCGUUUAUUUGAAAAGGAAUUUAAUGAUAAUAUUUGUUUGGAGUGGUCCUACCUUAUUCGCAACAGAAUAAUAUCUUAUGAAAGUUGUUUCUCUUAUUAUACUAUUUUAUACAUGAUUCUUAAUAAGCAAAGGAUCCAAGAAAUUAAAUGCAUUUAUAUGUUCUGCUGUUGAAUAGUUGGGUAUUGUGACGUAGAAUAAUGUUAACAUAGUACCAACAACUCCCUUUUCGGCACUGCUGUAAAAUGCUUAAAUUUGUUGAAUUUCUUUCUGAAAGUUAAUAUUAUUUCCCUUCUGAUUUUAUAGGUGUCACUAUUGACAAUAUUACGCGCUCUGGAGUUCGAGUAACAUCAGUGGAUAGCGAUUAUGGUGUAAAAGUUGAAUGGAAUAAUGUACACAAUGUGAGAGUGACAGUGUAUGGACGCUAUAUCAACAAAACAUCAGGUUUAUGCGGAACUUUUAACCAAAAUCCUGCGGAUGAUUUCUUAACAGCAAAUGGAACAAUCGUAGAAAAUGCAGUAAACUUUGGAAAUUCAUGGAAAGCUGAUUCUUGCUGUGACGAUGCAACAGAUGUACCAUAUCCAUGUUGGACUUACCCUGACAGAAACGCGACUGCUACAGCCAACUGUUCAGCUUUGUUAACUCCUCCAUUCAAUGUUUGUGCAAGCCUGGUUGAUCCAGUCUCAGGGGGUUAUAUUCAGGACUGUGAAUACGAUGUAUGUGGCUGUGGCGAUGACCCUACAGUUUGUCUAUGUCAAGCAAUAGAGGCCUAUGUCGCUGAUUGUUCUUCAUAUGGUGUGAACAUUACCUGGUUGAAUGAUGAUCGAUAUCAACAAUGCGGUAUGUCACAACUUUAUGUGUAACUUUGUAAAUUGAAUUAAAUGUUAUACUAGGGAUAAAAUAAACAUAAGAUUCAUAGUCUAUAUUGUUUGGACAAGUAACCGUUACACUCUGAGUAAAACCAUCCACACACAGGAUGGUGUAUAAGAAAAUUGCACAGGUUGAAAAUGUUCACUAAACUGCAAAUUCUGCAAAAUUUGUGAAAACGUUAUGCAAACAUGGGUAGUUCGGGGUCUGUCAGUAUCUUUACAACUAAGAUUAUUUUGAAAAGUAAAUUUUCAGUGCAGGAGGGUUUUCAAAAACCGCUUUGAAAAAUGCUUGUGCGCAAAAACGGACGGCAAAUAUAGAGUACAAAUUUGGAAGAUGAUUUACGAACUAUCGAAAUAUUAGACAACUUGAAGUACAUUAAGUCCAACGAACGACCUCUAAAACUUCGAUAAUAUUUUGAUUUUUGUAAAGAGUAUGUAAGAAAUCAGUCAUGUAUAAAAAUAGUCAUGGGUACGAUGAAUUAUGCUUGAAAGGCUACUAUGGGAACAAGGAGGAAUUUCGUUCUGGACCAAUGAAUGCAUGGCAUUUGUUGACAAUUUUGCUCGAAGCCAAUCCGAAUGCGUAAUUGCUCACUACUUCCGGUAAAAACAUACAUUUGAACAGAAAAUUUAGGGUUUAAAUAAAGCUUCGAAGGGGUCAGGAUUUUUAAUUUUUUUAUUGGAUUUAAACGCGACAAGGUAAAAUGAGAAAUUCUCUAAAAAUUUGCCGCUGGGAUUUGCGUUUUAUUGCCUAGUUUUAAAGUUAUCGCUGGGAUUUGCAUCGAACAGCGGCGAAUAAAAUGCGCGAAAGUUCGAAUGCCGAUAGGUAAUAAAACACAAAUCCCAGCGGCAAAAUUUUAGAAAAUUUCUUAUUUUACCUUGCAAUUGUGACGUUGAAUUCAAUCAAAACAUUAAAAAUCAUGACCCCCUCGAAGCUUUAUUUAAGACCUUAAAUUUUCUGUUCAAAAAAUGUAUAUUAUUACCGGAAGUAGCUUUCUGUGCUCGCAGGGAAACUACGUACAGUAACCAAUUACGCAUUCAUACUGGCUUGGAGCGAAAUUGUCAACAAUUGCGCUGAUUGGUCGAGAACGAAAUUCCCCCUUGUUUACUAUGGGAGAAAGUUUUUGGAGGUCGUGCAUAAGACUUAAUUAAUGUAUAUCAAAUUGUCUGGCACUUUGAUAGUUCAUAAAACACCUAAAUUUGCAUCUUAUGAAUUCAACUUGCGUUUAAAGCUUUCAUUCCAUUUUUUUGGGCAAGUCGUUAUUAUAAUUAGGUUUUUGAAAACCUACCUGCAUGCACUCGAAAAUUUACUUUUCAAAAUAAUUUGCCCAAACAUUUCAGAGUGCCCUCCAGUUAACAUAAGUUUUAACAAUUUUAAUUCUUUUCUAAUUUAGGUUCUCCAUGUGCCAGUGCUCCAUGCUGCAAUGGUGGGACUUGUUCAAAUAAUGGAUCAUCAUUUAUUUGCUCAUGUCCUGUUGGAUAUACUGGUGAUCUCUGCGAAACGGAGG